AUGCCCCCCAAGAGAAAGACCCAAGAUGCGACAUCGAGUUCUUCCAAGGCCGGCAAGCUUUCUGGCACAUCAACCCCAAGAUCUUCGGCUCCUCGAAGCGUCGACAGCCCCAACACCUUUUCCGAUACCAACGACGACGUCGAUGAGGAGGUGACAGAGAAGGAGAGAGAGUUAGAGAAGGAGUCAGACCAGUUUGUGAACUGUUGGGCGGUGUCUAGCAACCGCUUUCAAACCCAAGAUCAAGGUAGACACAGCUACUUUGGUGACCGGGAUUUCUCCUACCUCUCGCUCAAACCUGACAACGCGAAUCGCCCUCUAUGGAUCGAUCCCGACCGCGGUGUCAUAAUUAUGGAGCGUUUUAGUCCCUUGGCAGACCAAGCAACCGACUUUCUGAUCACGAUCGCCGAACCUCGAUCCCGACCUGCUUUCCUCCACGAGUACGCCUUGACGGCCCAUAGUCUCUAUGCAGCUGUCUCUGUCGGUCUGAACCCCGAAGAUAUCAUCAAUACCCUCGAUCGGUUCCUCAAAACUGAGCUUCCACCAAGCAUCCGAAAAUUUAUCGCGUCCUGCACGAAGAGCUACGGAAAGGUGAAGCUUGUCUUGAAGAACAACAAAUAUUUCGUCGAGAGUAUCGAUGCAGAAAUUCUACAGAUGUUACUGAAAGACGAAAUUAUCGGCCCGCUACGAGUGCAGGGUUCUGAUCAGAUCACCACUAUGCGCGCCCCAGCACUGGGUGGCCUGGUUAUUCCUGGAACGAAGAACGCUGCGGGUGUUCAGCAAGCCAAUCUUUCUCAAGCCAUCAACAGAGACAAUUCAGCCUCGAAUACGAAUGCUGAAAUCGAAGCCGUAUUGAAUGACGACGACAAUGAAGAUGAGAAGGAAGCCGUUCAUGCCUUCGAAAUUCCCGACAUUGCUGUCGAAAUCGUCCAAAAGCGAUGCUUGGACCUCUCCUAUCCAAUUCUUGAAGAGUACGACUUCCGAUACGAUAACGUGAACCCCGAUCUGGCUAUUGAUCUGCGACCGAACACACAGAUAAGACCAUAUCAAGAGAAGAGCUUGAGCAAGAUGUUCGGUAACGGUCGAGCCAAGAGCGGAAUCAUUGUUCUACCAUGUGGCGCCGGUAAAACCUUGGUCGGCAUCACGGCCGCAUGCACGAUCCGGAAGGGCGUGAUUGUGCUAUGCACAAGCUCCGUCUCUGCAGUCCAGUGGCGCCAUGAGUUUCUGAAAUGGUCUAAUAUCAACCCAGACGACAUCACUACCUUUACUGCCGAGAACAAGAACAAAUUUUCAGGGAGUACCGGUGUCAUUGUAACGACGUACUCGAUGGUCACAAACGGCCGCGAACGGUCCCAUGACUCGCAGAAGAUGAUGGACUUUCUGAAAAGCCGGGAAUGGGGCCUCAUGCUGCUUGAUGAGGUUCAUGUCGUCCCUGCGAAUAUUUUCCGCCGCGUUAUUUCUUCAAUCAAGGCCCAUUCUAAGCUUGGACUUACAGCUACUCUCCUUCGCGAAGACGACAAGAUCUCACAUCUUAACUUUUUGAUCGGGCCUAAGCUAUACGAAGCAAACUGGAUGGAGCUCUCUCAACAAGGACAUAUCGCAAGGGUACAGUGUGCAGAGGUCUGGUGUCCGAUGCCAACUGAGUUCUAUGAGAAAUACCUACAACUCCCAUCCAGAAUGAAGCGCACUCUAGGCGCCAUUAACCCUUCCAAAUUUCAAGCCUGCCAGUACCUCAUCAACUAUCAUGAGGGACGUGGCGACAAAAUCAUCGUGUUCUCAGACGAACUCUACUCCCUCAAGCUCUAUGCAUUGAAACUUGGCAAGGCCUUUAUCUAUGGCGGUACCGGACAAGAGGAACGAAUCAAGAUACUCGAAAACUUCCAGCGCAAUCCACUAGUUAAUACUUUAUUUCUCUCGAAAAUCGGCGAUACGUCGCUUGACCUCCCUGAGGCCACAUGUCUGAUACAGAUCUCUUCCCAUUUCGGUUCCCGCCGUCAGGAAGCCCAGAGACUCGGCCGUAUCUUGCGAGCAAAGCGCCGAAAUGACGAAGGAUUCAAUGCUUUUUUCUACUCCCUCGUGUCCAAAGAUACGCAGGAAAUGUACUACUCAUCAAAGCGGCAGGCCUUCUUGGUAGACCAAGGAUACGCCUUCAAGGUAAUCACGCAACUUGCUGGUAUGGACAAGAUGCCUGAUCUUGCAUUUGCCACUGCCUCUGAGCAGCACGAGUUACUGCAGCGUACAUUGAUUGACACUGAAACCUCAGUGGAAGAAAAUGUCGAGACAGAUUAUCUCCACGGUGCAAAAACGGGCGGUGGCCGAGGGAAGAAAGGCAAGGUGAGACGAGGAGCAGGUGCCCUUGGUGGACUAAGUGGUAGGCAGAAUAUGGCCUAUAUAGAGGAGAACGAAUCCUCCAAUCGUGCACUGAAGAAGAACAAGGGUGAAAAGAGCACGUUCUUCAAGAAGAUUUCGAGGGAGAAUGAACGGCGCGCGAAGCAACAGUAA